AUGGUUUUCGAACCGUUUUUGAAAAAGUUGGCAGAAAGGGGCCAUAACGUCACCGUUGCGUCGUUCUUCCCAGAAAAAAAUCGACCUCCCAAUUAUAAGGAUAUUAGCUUCGUAGGAAUCGCUCCAUUGAGACUCGAAUCAUACGACUUGGGUGAUUUUGAAAAUGAGAGACUUCUGUACAAAAUACCAAGAGUGGGAAGAAAUGUGAAAAUAUUAUCUCAAUUAAAUCCUUUCAAAACAUCGACUGUGACCAUAUGUGCUCGUUUAGUUAAAUAUAAACCAUUGUUAGACGCUUUAAAAGAAAACUAUGAUGUAGUGUUAGUAGAAAAUUUCAUUGGCGAUUGCAUGUUGGGUCUUCUUCACGCCUUUGGUAUAACAGCGCCAAUUAUAGCCCUGCUCUCAUGCAGUUCUAUGCCAUGGACUUUUGAACGAAUUGGUGCUAAUGAUAAUCCUUCAUAUGUACCAGUUAUUGUAUCGCCAUUUGGAACACAAAUGUCAUUUUUGGAUAGAGUUGAGAAUACCAUAGUCAAUAUUAUAGUAAACGAUUGGUAUCAUCAGGAGGUACAAGCAAGUGAGAGGAUGAUAAUAGAAAAAGAAUAUGGCACAAUACCGGAUUUACGUGAGCUCGCAAAGAAUACCUCCCUGGUGAUUUCAUACGGCUAUCAUCCUUUUACUGGAGCAAAACCACUUGUCCCUGGGUUAGUGGAAGUUGGAGGAAUGCAUUUAUCUUCUGAAAGGAAACCUCUGCCUCUGUUUAUUGAAAAGUUCCUUAACGAAUCAAGCGACGGUGUCAUACUUUUUAGUUUUGGAUCCCACAUAAAAACAAAAUCGAUUCCAAAGUAUAAAGAGCAGAUUCUACUUAAGGCAUUAUCUAAAUUGAAGCAGAGAGUUAUAUGGAAGUUCGAAGACAGCGGAGAUGAGGGCACUCUUAUAGGAAAUGUCUUGAAGGUGAAGUGGUUACCUCAAUACGACUUGUUACGACAUGAAAAAGUCGUAGCGCUUAUAACACAUGGUGGACUUCUCAGUUUGACUGAAGCGAUGUCCUCUGGAAAACCAAGCAUAGUUAUACCUUUCUUUGGAGAUCAGCCUGCUAAUGCAGCUGCCGUAUCUGAAGCCGGCGUGGGCUUAGUGCUGUCUUACCAGGACAUCAGCGAGGAAAGCUUUUAUAAUGCCCUACAGCGUGUUUUAAGUGAAGAAAUACGUACGAACGCACAAAGGGUGUCGAAAAUAUGGCAAGACAGGCAAUCAGCGCCUUUAGACACGGCCAUAUUCUGGACAGAACAUGUGAUCCGGUGGAAAUCCCCUCAACUUUACUCCCAUGCUAAGAAUCUCAACGUAGAUAUAAUUGCUGAAUUCAAAUGGAACAUC